UCAAAACUUCGAACAAAAAAAUCUUUUUUGGUGUUUGGAAUCUGCGCGCGCAUGUCUUGUACACUCUCAUACUUUUUUCGAAGUUGUUCUGCGAAGUGAAUAAUGGCUUCGAUUACAAUUGCGAAGCCCGCCGAAGUAAACGGCGACUGCCCGCGCUUAAGUAAAAAUUAUAAAAUGGAAACUAACAAAGUGACUGUUGUUCUGGGUGCUCAAUGGGGCGAUGAAGGCAAAGGAAAAGUGGUGGAUCUUCUCGCCAUAAACUCUGACAUCGUGUGCCGCUGCCAGGGUGGCAACAACGCCGGUCACACCGUCGUAGUCAACGGCAAGGAGUUUGACUUCCACCUGCUGCCCAGUGGCAUCAUCAACUCGAAAUGCACCUCCGUUAUAGGAAACGGAGUUGUGAUCCAUCUCCCAGGCCUUUUCGAGGAGUUGAAGAAGAACGAACUGAAGGGCAUGGAGGGCUGGCAACAGAGGCUCAUCAUAUCCGACCGGGCGCACCUCGUCUUCGACAUACAUCAGCAGGUUGAUGGUCUUCAAGAAGCUGAGAAGGGGAAGAACUCUCUGGGGACCACGAAGAAGGGCAUCGGCCCGACCUACUCGUCCAAGGCAACGAGGAACGGUAUAAGAAUAGGUGAUCUUCUCGGCGACUUCGACAUAUUUGAGGAAAAGUUCAGAACUCUGGCGGCGAACUACAAGCGCAUGUUUCCGUCCCUCGAGGUGGAGAUCGACAGCGAGUUGGUCCGGUACCGCGAAUAUGCGGAGAAGAUCCGGCCGCUGGUUCGUGAUACCGUCGCGUACCUGCAUAAGGGGAUAGAGGAGGGGAAGAGGGUGUUGGUGGAGGGGGCCAAUGCCGCCAUGUUGGACAUUGACUUUGGUACGUAUCCGUACGUGACGUCAUCAAACUGCAGUAUCGGCGGCGUGUGCACCGGCCUCGGCAUCCCCCCCAAGCUAAUAGGGGAGGUGCUGGGGGUGGUCAAAGCUUACACCACGAGGGUCGGCGACGGACCCUUCCCUACGGAGUUACACGAUGAGACGGGACAGAUGCUGCAAGAGCGUGGCCACGAGGUGGGCGUGACCACGAAGCGCGUGCGCCGCUGCGGCUGGCUCGACCUCGUGGUCGUGCGCUACACCGCCAUGGUCAACGGCUAUACAUCUUUAUGUCUAACCAAGCUGGACAUUUUGGACACGUUAAAAGAGAUCAAAGUCGGCGUGGCGUAUAAGUCUAACGGGAAGAAAAUCAACUAUUUCCCGUCUUCAAUGCCAGAGCUGAGCAAUGUUGAGGUGGAGUACGUCACGCUGCCAGGCUGGGCCUGCAGUACGGAAGACGUGCGCGAGCUGGGCAAGCUGCCGCCCGCCGCGCAGAACUACGUUAAGGUCAUCGAGGACUUCUUGCAAGUGCCAGUGAAGUACAUCGGCGUGGGUCAAGGUCGCGAGUCCAUAAUAAGCGCCCAUUAACGCCUCGCGCGACUUGUUAGUGAAAUGUAUGUUAUAAUGUAAUUGUACGCUAAAUGUAUUGUUUAGGGACGGCUAUUAUACUGCGGAUUACUGCUAUUUCUGUUAUAUCCUACAAAUGAAGCCUUAAAAGCUCACCGAGAGGGGGUGGUUGGAUCCCAGCGCUGGGCUAUUGACGUACUCACUACUAACACAGUAUUUACUCACUAGUUGGAGGGGAUUGGUAACAUAAUGAAGAGGAUAGCUUUGAUUGUUUGUUUGUGUGUUUUGAAUAGGCUCUGGAAGUACUGAACCGAUUUGAAACAUCAUUUUACUGUUAGGAAGCUACACUAUCCCCGAGUGCUAAAGGCUAUAUUUUACGUAAAAUUGUAUUGGAAUCGGUGGUAAAAUAUCAUGGAUGAUGACAAAAAUAUGAAUUCAUAAUCCACGUGAAACUGGAAAGAUAAAAUGUCCCCAAUGACACAAAUACAAAUGCAAGCUAUAAAAUGAAGAAUUCAAUUUAAACUUUUAAUUGCAGGCAAAAAGAAUUGAAUUAAAAUUAUAAUUUGUAGGUACAUUAAAAUGCAUAAAGGUUCACUCUUUGGGAGUUUUUGUCAACUUCUCGGUUACUUUAGUAUGAAAAUUGGAAGUUUUUAAUAAGUUUCAUGUGUGAGUUAUGUACUUGGGAGUUACCAAAGAGGCUUACAGGUUACUAGAUACGAGCUAACAUAGAAGGGUUGCCAGGGGCUUAGCAUCUGGCGAUUAAUGUGUUAUAUUAUAUCAAAAACACGCUUAACCCUACACCCAUCGGUCACAAGCCCGAGAUUCUGCUCAGACUUUCAGUGUCACACAAUAGACCCGGCAUCUGCUAGUGAAUUCAUGGAAAUAAGCUAAGAUAUUUGUUUUUCCCUUGCUCUCUCAUUACACAUACCAGUGUGUGUUGAAUAUACAGAAAUAGUAGUAAAUCCUCACAUUUAUACAAUCGUCAAUUCCCACAUGUUAAGGGAUACGCAAAUAGUUAAAAAGGCUCGUUAAAGUUGGUCGUACACCUAAAAUAAAUAUGAAAGCAGGGGUGGUCAACCUAAUUAAACUGAAGAUCUACUUUCUACUGCAAAAUGACUUAUUCCAUAAUGGGUAUUAAAUUACAAAGUCGUUGCAAAAGCUAUUUUCCAGAAAAUUUUUUGAAGCGAUUUGAAAGGUUGGCCACCCCUGCUCUACCCUUUACUAUGUGCGAUCAACUCAUACUAAUAGUUUGUAAUAACAGCAUAUGCAAGCCGAUAUAUUUAUAUAUAAUAGCAACAGUAUUUUUACCCGACUCUAGCAGACAGAGGGUAAUGUGUUUAUUUAUAUCUGUGAAUGCACAUACAAACGCAUUGUUGUUUUAUAUACUGAAGAAACGUUGUAGGCAAUAAAAUGUAUUAGGCGCCACAUCCACGAUUGUUGUCAGAAAUUCUUUUGCUUUCGAAGACUUAAUGUUAGGUUUAAGUUCCAAUUUCUGUCUAACUUGGUAAUGAUACCUUCGUUAUCAACCUAUAUUCGGCUCAUUGCUGAGCUCGAGUCUCCUCUCAGAAUGACAGGGGUUAGGCCAAUAAUCCACCAUGCUGGCCCAAUGCGGAUUGGCAGACUUCACACUUGUAGAGAAUUGAGAAAAUUCUCAGGUAUGCAGGUUUCCCCACGAUAUUUUUCCUUCACCGUUUGAGACACAGGACAUAUUUAAUUUCUUAAAAUGCACAGAACCGAAAAGUUGGAGGUGCAAGCCCCGGACUCUCUAGACUAACUCGACAGUAUAAAUCGACCCUACCUCUCUCUGGCUAACAUGAUACUAUAGAUAGAGAAAGAUAAAGACGAAUUCAAAACUCACACCCUUGAGUUAUAUAAACAGGAUAGUACUACUGCACAGAGGUUAUAAAUCCUAUUUGAGAUUUUGACGGCCUCCUGGGUCCUGGGUUCGAUCCCCGGCUGGGCUGAUUGAGGUUUUCUUAAUUGGUCCAGGUCUGGCUGGUGGGAGGCUUCGGCCGUGGCUAGUUACCACCCUACCGACAAAGACGUACCGCCAAGCGAUUUAGCGUUCCGGUACGAUGUCGUGUAGAAACCGAUAAUUAUUCAAUCAAAUCGAGGGUUAACCUGUAGACAAAGUGUAGGGCAAAUUAUUUUUUUAACAAUUUUGAACGGUCGUGGAUAUGGCGCUUAAGGGCCUUGUCCAGUCUCAGUUGUAUUAUAAAAGUUUAAAGCUCUUUAUAAAUAUGUAUAGCUUUUGAUACAUUUUUGUGCAUUAUCGCAUCGCAAUUAUAUAAUAAGUAUAAUAUUGAGUUCACGAUUUAUAUACAUGCAUGUUGAUACAUAUAGUCUGGCAAGUUUGUUGAUGACACUCUCAUGAUAUGCGGGCGACGGGGGGAAAGACUGCGUGCGCGGAAGUGAGGUGCAUCAAUCGUGGGUUUUUCAUUCAUCGCUACACGCCCCCCGGCCCGCGCGGAUUAUCGGGAGUGUUACGAACGAAGUUGCCAAGCUAUACAUGUUAUUUAUAUAGUAAUAGUGACUGGCAUGGUUCCUAUUAUAUCCAAAUGGAAAUUCUUUUUUAAUUGUAUUGCAAGUACCUACACAUACAGAUGUCGCUCGAAACGUCUUCGCAUGUUAAUGCAUCACUGUUGAUACAUUUGCUAUUGUAUUUUAAACCUUAACUUUGAUCAAUAAUGUGUAUAUUUAUUUGUUUAAAAUAAUUAUCAGCCUCAGAUUCAAGGCAGAUGACUCAAAGCCAGUUUGACGUGACAACGUCUUAUAAUUUAAUGGAGACGGCUGCAAACUCGAAAAAAGAUGACGUCAUGCGUCGUUCCCUCGUUCUAGGGUUGCCAACUCUUUUUACAAGAAAUAUAGUAUAUUCUGGUCUAUAAAGAUUAUUAAACAGUAUUUUAGAAAACGAAAAUUUUCUUUUGAAAAUUGCGACCAUUCCAUUAGUAUUUUCUUAUGACGUUGUCACUUUCAACUAUCGUCAGUAAACCGACUUUAUAUACAACCGAUUUUUUUUAUAGAUUGUCGUACUAUGCAGAUCGUUUUUAACUGCCUGGAAUUAAUUUAAUUAAUUAAUUACAUUUCAAGUGAUUUUAACUAGUUAUUUUUGUUUCUUGAUGCCUAUAAUAAAGACAACCUUUUUUUUAAAGGCUGUAUGUAAUAUUAUUUAUAUUGCACAUACAUUAUGGCACAAACACACAGAUAAAGAUGUGCUGAUAUUAUAUUAAUUAUACUUAUUUUUAUUGUUUUGUUUCGAGCGAAUUAUCUAACAUCAAAAUUAUUGUAUGUAUGACAAUUGAUACAUCUAAUGUGACUUUACAAUUUGAAUUUUUUAUCCACAAUUUUAUGCCUCCAAUGAGAACAAUAUUUGAAAACAGAUCAGCUUUAUUUAUAUCAUUCGUAUUAUAAUAUUAUUUUAUAUUCAGGUACUAUUCAACUGUUGCAUGGAAGGUUUUAUUUUUUAAUUGCCGAUUUUUAUACAUACAAUUCCAAACAGACUUCCGAGGACGACAAAUUAUAAUUUGUAUGGCUGUAUCAGGGGAUAUACAAGACGUCAGUCACUAUUCAAUAUGGCGGAAUUCAAUACUUGAAUUUUAUAUCCAAAUUUUAUACAUAUAGUAUGUAUAUAUUUGAUAUAUAGUUUUAUGAAUGAGAACAAUAUUUGGAAACAGAACAGCUUUAUUUACGUCAUCCGUAUUUUGAUGUUUUUUUUUUAAUGGUAUUUUAUCGUAUCGAGUACUAUUCGACUAUUGCACGGAAGGUUUUAUUUUUUAAUUGCCGAUUUUUUACAGACUUAUUCUACUAUAUAUGAGACUGUACUGUACUGCAUCAGGGGAUUAGAUAUCCGAUGACGUCAGUCACUAUUCAAUAUGGCGGAACUCACUUAAAACCUUUCGUGGCAUAGUCUGCUAUAACUCGAACUUAAUUAAUAUUUUAAGACACCUUUUAUUUUCGAUUUUGGUAAUGUAAAUUUUCAUUUCGAAUUUAUGUUUUGUACUUAUUGAAAAGAACCGUUCGCAAAUUUACUUGUUGUGUGUUUUAUGUGAUAUCUGUAAUUUUUAAUGUAAAUACUUUAUGGUUACUAUUAUGCCAAUAAAUAUCGUUUUAUUCUUUUA